AAUUUCUCACAGCUAUCAUCUUAAGAAUAAUUCCUCUAGAGAAAGGGAGAAAUUAAGAAUUUGAGUAAAUGGGAAAUAUAUUUGCAGUGAUAAAACCAAUAAUUCAUGGUGUAUUGAAAGCUGUUGGAAUGACAUCCCAAAUGGUGGAAAUAGAACCAGGAACUACUAUGCAUUUUUGGGUUCCAACUGAAACCAUUCAUUACCAUAACCCAAACAACAAAUUACUAAACAAACCUAAGCCUGCUGUUGUAUUUAUUCAUGGAUUUGUUUCCAAUGGAAUUUUGACUUGGCUUUUUCAAGUGCUUUCCUUAAGAAUUUCAGGUGCUGAUUUUGCUAUCUACGUCCCUGACCUACUUUUCUUUGGAGAUUCCUUUACUGAUCGUCCCGAACGGUCAACGAGUUUUCAGGCAGAAUGUUUAGUGGUAUACUAGCUUAGUUAAAAUUAGAAAUGACCUUAUUCGAGAUAAGGUGUGUGUGGCCCUUGUGAAGGAUAAGAUGCGGGAGGCAAGACUUAGAUGGUUCGGGAUUGUGAAGAGGAGAGACACUGAUCCUCCGGUGAGGAGGUGUGAGAAGCCGGCGUAGGAGGGCAACACAGAGGUAGAGGUAGGCCGAAGAAGUAUUUGGGGGAGGAGGG